ACUAUAAAAAAAAGAAUUAAAUCUAUCUACUACGUGUUGUCAAACAACAAACAAAAUAAAACGGCAUUUCUCGAUUUUCAUUUCCAUAACCCCCGACAAAAAAAAUGUUGAAUUUAGAUCCGAUUCAUCAGCUUCGUUGAUAAUUUCUUCUACAAGCAAUUCGGCCUUACCCCUCGAAAGUGGUGGAUCAUUAACAGAAACCAAAAAAAAAUAGAGGAAGAAACAUCAGCUGUGAAAGAAGAUAAUAGAGUGUUGGCAAUUUGUUGGAUCAGCUGCUGCAUCAAAAAAUAUUCAAAUACAUCCAAUGUGCAUCAACAGUGGAGAUCAACAAUAGACGCAGCAGCUAUCUCCGAUUCUUUUCCAACCCUAAUCCGUCUCUUCAACCAACCAAACAAACAUACGACAAUUUCAUAGAGUUUUCCCCCUUUUUUUUUAUUGAUUGUUUAAUUUUGGAGGGAAAAUUAUAGUUAAUUGCAGUUUGUAUCAAGGAAGGAGAUGAACAGUAAAGAACCGGCCGUGAAAUUGGAUGACGAGCAGUUGACGGAGCUGCGGGAGAUAUUCCGGUCGUUCGACCGGAACAACGACGGCAGCCUGACGGAGCUGGAGCUCGGCUCGCUGCUUCGGUCGCUCGGGUUGAAGCCGAGCCCCGACCAGAUCGACGCGCUCAUCCAGAAGGCCGACACCAACAGCAAUGGCUUGGUGGAGUUCUCGGAGUUCGUGGCGCUGGUGGCGCCGGAGCUCCUACCGGCGAAGUCGCCCUACACGGAGGAGCAGCUCAGGCACCUCUUCAAGAUGUUUGAUCGGGACGGCAACGGCUACAUCACGGCAGCCGAGCUGGCGCACUCCAUGGCCAAGCUCGGCCACGCCCUCACGGCCGAGGAGCUCACCGGGAUGAUCAGGGAGGCCGACACCGACGGCGACGGCAGGAUCAGUUUUCAGGAGUUCUCGCAGGCGAUCACCUCAGCCGCCUUUGAUAAUUCUUGGGCUUAAUUCCAUUUUUCUCUUGUUCAGGAAUUCUAACUGGAGAACCCUUGGUAGAUUCUUGUUGGUGUUCGUCGUUUUAUUUCAUUUUGGGUGGCGAGAUGGGGAAAGGGGCAACAGAUUGCAGACAGUAAUAGUGAGUAGAAUUGGUUUCCUAUAAAAUUUUGUAGCAAGUAUAUAAGUAUCUGCAGCCCUUGCACAACAAUGGACAAAGGUAGCCUUGUCUCAUUCUUUUAUGCAUGUGCUAAUAAUUAUUUGUAUGAUUAGUAUGUCGUAGAGGAAAGUGGUAAAAUCACUGUUAUUGCUUCCAUUAUAUUAUGAAAGAGUUGAAUGUGGUUAUAUAAUUGCUGAUGAAUUAAGCCAAAAUAAGAAAAGAAAAUGAAUAGCCUGGUUUCUGGACUGUACAGGACAUAAUGAAGGUCAACCAAUUCUAGUAUAGUCCUUUGAGUUCAUGUAUAGCUGAAUCUAGCAUUAGCUUUGCUAAAACUGAUAUGUUCGUGCAUUCUAGAAUCAAUAGAAUAUAAUCAUAUAAAUCUUACACUUCACUCUCAUAAGAUUGUUUGGCUUUAGAAUAUGAUAUAUUUUACCACUGAAUGUCUAAAAAAUCUGUAGGUCUGAUCUAUGUCAGUGGAAAUACUAUGAUUCUGUGGAAAGAUGUCAAAAUAUUUCUAUACAAAGGAUGCUGAGAGUACAUGAUAGCACAGUUGUGACAUGUAAAACAUUUCUAUCCAAAGGCAUCUGCUGAGAGAGUACCUUAGUUUUGCUGUGGAGGACUUCUUACCAUAGUUCCUGUCUGAGAUUCUUGUUAGUGUCUGUGUAAGGGGAUGGGGACGGGGGCAAUGUUUCAGAUGGUAACCCUAAGUAUGAAUACUACACCCAAGCUCAGAAUAUUGGAAAAAGAUAGUUCGUCUGCAUCUGAUCUCGCCUAUGCUUGUAAUAACCUUGUGCAACUGAUAUAGAGUAAGAGAAGCUGGUAAACAGAUUCAUGCAGUUGAACUGCGACUACAUAAAAGCUAACUAGUAAAGCCAUAAGCUAUGGAUUAGUGCUAGUUUUGUAGUAACUAAGGAAAUUAUGGUUUCGUGUUUGGUGUUAAUCUGUUAAGCUUUGAGCAAUGCUGCAGUAAAUUUGAUUUUGGUUAUGUUGAAUUUGGGGUGAUUUUUGUUGUGCAACAGGUUUGGAGGAAUUUGUGGUAGAAGAGUAGGUAGCCCGCGUAAUUUAUCCUGAAUGUGUGUUGGAUAUGUGAUUAGGUAGAUGAGCCAAUGGUAUCGCGUCGGCAAACUACAACGUGCGGGCAGCUCUCAUCGUUGGUCUCAUGUAUUGUGCUGCACUAAUAUGUGGUGUUUUUAGCUCAAACCAGGACACGGGACCCACCCCCACCAUUACUCGUCUUUCCAUACUUUGAUUUUCCUUUACUAGAAAUGACAAAUGUGAUUGCUUGCUACACCUUCCUUAUAUACAAUUAUCAAUAAUUUUUUGCGACA